AUGCCCGGCGGGGCAGCAGGGCCCCUCCCCGGAGGCAGCGCGCGACUGACCGCGGAGCCCGUGCCCGUCGUCCUGCUGAGCGGCUUCCUGGGCACGGGCAAGACCACGCUGCUGAAGCACUGGCUGGAGAACGCCGAGGGCCGCAUCGGCGUGGUCGUCAACGACGUGGCCGCCGUCAACAUCGACGCCAAGCUCGUCGACUCCCAACAGGUGGGCGCCAGCGGCAGCGCGGACUUCAUCCAGAUGUCGAACGGCUGCGCCUGCUGCUCGCUGGGCGACGAGCUCCUCGUGAGCAUCUACGACCUCCUGCAGCUGUCGACGGAGGACAGACCGUUCAGCCAGAUCGUCGUGGAGCUCAGCGGGAUCGCAGAGCCACAACGGGUGAGGGAGAACUUCGUCCAGGCGGCGGAGAUGGGCUCCGAGGUCGUGGAGGGCCUGCGGCUCGAGAAGGUGGUUACCUUGGUUGACACCUCCACGUUCUGCACCGACUACAUGGAGUACAAGAAGCUGCUCGAGAGGCCCGACCUAGUCGAGGACGACGGGGGGGCCAGCUUCGAGGCCGCCUCGGAGCAGGCCUCGCCGCCGCUGCUGGCGCGCUCGCGCUUGCGCCUGGGCCCCGCGGCGUGCUGCCCCGAGCGCUGCGCAGCGCGCGUGCCGGCGCGCCAUCAGCGCUGCCUCGAGAUCCGGGAGCUGCGAUGCUUCAAGCAGUGGCUGUGGGCACCCAGGGCCGUCACGGACGGGUGUGGCUCGAGGGACCUCAGGGUGGCGUCGGACCUCAGGGUGUCUCUGGUGCGCGCGCCCCUCGCCCUCGCCCAGGAUCUCAGGCAGCGAGCGGGCGCCCGCCGGCCUGGAGGGCUGCGGCGGGCCGGCGCCCGCGCGGGGCGCCUCGGCGCCUUGGCGCGAGCGGGCGCCGCGCAGCCGCCGGCGCCGGGCCGCGCGCCCGCGCGCGGGCGCCUGCUGCGCCCGUGCGCGGCGCUGCUCGGGGCGCUGCCCGGGGCGGCCGCGCCGCGGCGGCCCGCCCGGGGGGAGGGCGGCGGUCCGCCGCCGCAGCCCGCGGGGGCGGCCCGGCUCUCGGCCGCGUCGGGCGGCCCGGGCCGGCAGGCGCUGGAGGGCCGAGGCGGCCCGGGCCAGCAGGCGCCGGAGGCGGCCUGGCUCGUGCCCGCGCGGCGCUCGGGCGACCUCGUGCUCGCGGAGGUGCGGCCGCCGCGCGGGCCCAGCGGGCAGGGCCCCGCCGGGGCGGCGCGGCUGCCUGGCGCCCUUGAGGCCGCCGUGCGGCUGCCCAUGGAGGCCUUCGGGGAGGGGCGCGGCGCCGCCCGCGACGCCGUGCUGGGGCGGGGGGGGGCGCUGGAGGGCGGCGCGGCGUACCUGCUGCUGCGGCCGGGGCCGGCAGGAGGUCGGGGGACUGGCGGGGAGCUGGCGGACGCCGAUGUCGUCGGGCUGGCCCGAGUCUCGCUCGCCCCGCUGGCGCGGCCCAGCGCCAGCGGCCGAGACGCGUUCCUGACGUACGUGAUCGUGCGGAAGGACCUUCGCGGGCGCGGGCUCGGGGGCAAGAUGGUGGGCAUGGUGGAGGCGCAGGCGCGCGAGGCGUACGACCGGAUGUACCUCUGGACCAGCCCCGAGCGCCGGGGCUUCUAUUCGAGGCUCGGCUUCGGGGAGGUCGUCGGUUGGCGUGAGGGGCUCUUUGAUACCCGUCGGCUGGGCGAGAUGCACCAGCUGAGCGAGGCCACGAUGCUGAGUCCCGGGCAGAUCGUCAUGGCGAAGAGUUUCAGAUCGCCAGCUGCGUAG